UGGGACAAUAGUGACAUGGAGUCACAUGAAGAUCUCUGCACACCGGUCAUUUAUAUAAAUAAGAGAAUGAAGAAGGGAUGUUUGGAAUCACACGAUGGAACUCUGCUGAAGAUGUUGGAACAGAUUGCGACCCUUGUUGUCCUCGUACUCUCUCUAACACAAGCCUUGCACAUUAGCAAUGGCCCUCAAAGCAAAAUUACACACUUAGUGAGGAUCUGGAAUGCACUGCCUGGAAGUGUGAUGGAGACAGGAUCACUUGAUCACAGCGCAGCAUUGGACUGGCCAAAGGACUGUGGUGUACCCCAGUUCACGCCGAAUAUAGCUGGGAGGAUCGUAUCGGGGAAUGAGGCACAGCCACAUUCCUGGCCAUGGCAGGUCUCUUUACAGGUGCGCUCCAGGGGGAGUAGGUCCUACAAACAUGUUUGUGGUGGAACUCUCAUUCACAAACACUGGGUUCUGACGGCAGCACAUUGCUUUCAAAAAGGCAAAGCAGAAGAUGCUGGGAAUUGGCGUAUUGUACUCGGUAAGCACAACCUGAACUGGACUGAACGGACAGAGAAGAUCUACCGUGUGAAAAGAAUCUACAAACAUGAACACUAUCGCUACCCACUCCUCAAUGAAAUUGAUGAUGAUAUUGCUAUGGUCAGAUCAGCAGUAGACAUUCCACAGACCAACUAUGUCCGAUAUGCCUGCAUACCUGAGACUGCCAGGCAACUGCGUCCUGGGCAUUUGUGCUGGACCACAGGCUGGGGUGCCACCAGAGGACAAAAGGAAAACAUCAUAUUAUCUGAAGUUCUGAAUCAAGCCAGGCUGCCAAUCAUUGAUCAUCAAACUUGCAAAAUGAAAAAAUUCUGGGGGGACCGAGUGAGGAACACGAUGAUCUGUGCCGGUUACAAAGAUAAAGAGGGACCACCAGCUGCUUGCCAGGGGGAUUCUGGUGGUCCUCUUCUCUGUCAGCUUGAUUCGCACAAGUGGGAAGUCCAUGGGGUGGUCAGUUUCGGACCUAUUGGUUGCACAGUUGAGAACAAGCCGAGCGUCUUUACCAGAACGACUGCCUAUCUCCCUUGGAUUGAGAAAACAAGGAUUCGGGACUAUUUCUUUGACUAAAGCCAAGGCUGUCUGCACCAUCGCUUCAGUUUAGGCAAACAAGGAGUGUUGUAAAGUAUUAAUUACUAUAGAAA